CAUGAAGGCUUUGUUGAGUACAGCACCGUAUCCUUUCACGAUGCAAAUAGAGGGCCCUAACGCCGCACUUCCUGCAUCGUCAGUUUGCGGGGGAUACCUCCCACUUCGACAAGUUCUCUUCGUGGCAUGGAUAGUCCUUUUGCCAGUGGUGUUUGCAUCCUCCCUAUCUCUGGGAUUUGAGGAUGCGAGAGCCAUUGCGCUUUGUUCCUUUGCAAUUGUUGGCUGGUCUGCACAGCCGGGAAGAACUCCCAUCGAAUACACCAGCCUCGCUUUCCUGGCUCUGGUGACUAUCACAGGUGCGAUGGAUUGGGCAGAUGCAUGGAGAGGCAUGUGUCAAGAAGGUAUUUGGCUGAUCUUCUGUGGCAUGGCAAUGAGCUUGGCGCUCACAGAGACUCGCAUCAGCCAGCGAAUAGCUCAAGUGCUGUGUCUAAAGAAACCUACCUGGCCGUGGCUGGUGCUGCGAUUGAACAUGGUCGGCGGGCUACUAGCACUGUGUGUGCCGUCUCAGGUGGUCCGCUGUCAGCUGGUGGUGCCGAUUGCCCGCAGCAUCAUAGGGCAGCUGCACUUAGAGCCUCUCAGUCGACGUGCCUCUGCCGUGAUGAUUGCCUUGGUCAUAAGUACGAACCAUUGUGGUGCUGCUGUUUUGACUGGCGGGCUUCCAAAUAUCAUUGCUGUUAGCGGCUUGCAGCACUGUGAUAUUGAGAUCACCUGGGGCUUUUGGUUUGUCCGAAUGGCACCUGUGUUUUGGGCCGUGAGCAUCUUGGGGAACACUGCCGUGGUGCUGGUCUUUAGCAGGAACGAGAGAGGUGAGCUGUAUCCAAGCUGCCCGGAGGAUGAGGCAGAGGACGCUGCAGAGGCUGUCCAUCUCAUCGGCACCGAGCGUUGUAUCCUGUGGGUUUUUGCUUUGUGCUUGGUGAUGUGGUCGACCGACGUGUUGCACCACGUCCACCCGACAACGAUCAGCUUGGUGGCUGUUCUGGUGCUGUUCUGCCCUGUCACCAACCUGAUAGCUUUCGAGAAGUUGAAGCAAGUCAAUUUCCCAGUGAUCAUUUAUACCGCCAGCCUCGAAACCUUGGCGCCUUUGCUCAAUGCAGCUCCCCAUGCCGGGCCUGCGCUCUCACAUGCCGCAGAUACAGCAGUGUCCGUGGCACCUGCUGGAGUCUUGAGGUUGACCAUGCUGUUUUUGGCGGGGAUGCCAUUGAUGCUUUGUAAUGUGGCAGUACCAGUGGCUUUGCUGGUACCAGAGCUUUGCCCGGGCAGGGGCCUAGCAGGUGCGGGUAUUGAGCCGCGGUUGGGUGCCAUGAUUGUAGCAGCGAUGCCUUCUUGUACUUUACUGCCAUAUCAAAAUGCUCCCUUUCUCAUUGCUCUCAGCAUUUCUCGUGACAUUGUCAAGGAGCGGCAUUUCGUGGCUUGCUUGCUAGGCAAUGCGCUGAUUGGGUAUUUGGCAGUGUUCCCCCUUUUGCUUGCCUGGUGGUCGUUGCUGGGCUUGAAUCCCUGAGGGAAAUCGGUGUCUCUUCAGCCGGUUUGGUUGAAAGGAGCUUGAUUGCCUUCCAAUUUAAUGGGAGGUGCGCCAAGGCUCACUGACACAAUCAAUCUCGGGGCAAUCACUCCUCAUUUAAAAGUUUGACUGCAGCCAAGCUGCUUUUCGACUUCCAGUUUUGUUAAUUUGAAAGUGUACAGCUAGAUGCUGCAUGCGUCCCGAAGUUUGCAGCCAAAGGCUGUAAAGACAUCGCUUGCUCGCACGGCUUCUGCUUGCAAUUUGUAACUGUCGUAACUUGUAAGGGCCCGGAGCACUUGACCUUUUGGCCAGGUAAACCAAC